AACAAAAUGGCUACCAACCCGUGCUGCACUUGUAAGAUUGGACCUUCUAUCUUGAAUGCCGAUCUUUCGUGCUUAGCAGAUGAAUGUAAUAGGCUGUUAGAAUGCGGUGCAGACUACCUACACCUGGACGUCAUGGAUGGCCAUUUUGUACCCAAUUUAACUUUUGGUGCUCCAUUGGUGAAAUGCUUGCGAAAGAAAGUUCCAAAUGCCUUUUUUGAUAUGCAUAUGAUGGUUGCCAAUCCAGAGAAGUGGGUAGAUGACAUGGCAGAUGCUGGUGCCGAUCAAUACACUUUUCAUUUGGAAGCAACAGAAAAACCAGUUGACUUGAUAAAUCAAAUAAAGAAGGCUGGAAUGAAGGUUGGUAUUGGAAUCAAGCCUAACACACCAGUUGAAGCUGUCUUGCCAUUUGUGGAGCUGGUGGAUAUGGUUCUUGUGAUGACAGUGGAGCCUGGAUUUGGUGGACAAAAGUUCAUGGCAGACAUGAUGCCAAAGGUCAAACACUUAAGAACCAAUUACAGGGUUUUGGACAUUGAAGUUGAUGGAGGAUUAGGAAUUCCUACAAUUGAAGCUGCAGCUCAGGCUGGGGCAAACAUGAUUGUAUCUGGCAGUGCCAUAAUCAAAAGUGAUAAACCAAAGGAAGUGAUUGACGCCCUGAGAGCAACCACUGAAAAAUGGAUCAAGAUUAACAGUGAAGGAAGUCAAUGAGUGAUUCAGUUUAUCAGCAACAUUUCUAGGGAAUUUUUUGGCAUUGGAUUUUGUCAAUGAUGACCAAGGGUCAUGUAUUUAAUUGGAAUAUUUUGUAAAGUUUUUAUCAAGCUGCAAGAGCAUUCCACACAAAAAUAGUUAAAUUGCCAUGCAUUACUGUAACUUUUUUUUCAUAUCCAGCUUAGGAAAUAUUUUGUUUUUCAUUUGCAUGUAGCUGUGUCAGGGGUAUAUACACUUAUCCUUUAUUCACCAACAUGCUCAAAAAUUGCACUCCAAUUUCUAGUGUCACAUAUUUGUCUGUUUUAGACAAUCCACUCAUUUCACUCAAUACAAAAGUUUUAAAAUGGAGAACCAAAGUUUGAAUUUAAAAUUGUAAACCUUCUUAAUUAAAGAAAAAAAAUAUCUGAUAAUGCUCAAACUGACAAUUAGAGGAGGGCAUGAAAAGGGUUUAUUUAUAAUAUGUGACUUCAGCAAGACUGCUUAAUUCCUAAGAAGUGUCUUCUAUUCCUUUUUCAAACCACGGGAGAAGUAAAUAUUGAAUCAAAACAAACAUACGAUCUUUUUUCAGCACACCCUAUUAUUGCACAUUGGAGAAAACUCGGACCAAAAUUUGCACACAUACAUUUAUUUAAUCAUUAUCACCCCUGUCAGCAAUUUUCACAAUUAUGUUCUCUUACAAAUAGUGCAAAAAACAUCAAUGGGAAUCUA